UCUCUGUGUAAAAGAAAGCUGCCUUCAGCACAGUGAAGUUUUUCUUCAUCGCGGCUAGGCUUUCAGGGCAACAUAGAUUAAACCAGGAAGGCUUACCCAAAUGGACCCAUUUUUGUCUCUCUUGCAUUCAUUUUCCAUGAGUUUAUCUGACCAUGAUCUCUCUUCCCUUAAAUUUCUGUGCCUGGACAAAAUUGGCAAAAGGAAGCUUGAGUCCGUCAAAGCUGGUAUUGAUCUCUUCCUCAUCCUCCUUGAACAGCGGGAGAUUGCAAAAGAGAAGGUAGAUUUUCUCCAGCUCAUGAUCAAAACCAUUAAAAGAGAAGAUCUGAUAAUCCAACUACAGGAGUUCAUAGAAGGUGGACAAGGUGAUGUUGUCAACCAUCUAGAUGAGACAGAAAAACGUCAGCAGAAUGUAGCUUUUGAAGUUAUAUGUGACAAUGUUGGGAAGAACUGGAAAAUGCUAGUUCGAAGAUUAGGAAUUUCCGAUACAAAAAUUGACAGAAUUCUAACAGCCAGUCCUUAUAACUUGCAAGAACAAUUGAUGCAGUCACUUCGAGAGUGGCAGAAAUGGAAGGGAAAGGAAGCUAAGGUUGCUGACUUAAUAAAAGCCCUUCGGGAUUGCAAAAUGAACUUGGUAGCAGACAAAGUCGAAAAUGAACUUUUACAACAGGAGAACUAAAACUAAAUGAAAUCAAUACAAUAUAUACAAAAUACAACAUUAAAACUGAGAGCUUAAAUGAAAAGGGAGGGAAUACUGUCUAACUGUUAGAACAAGAGUCAGGAUACUCCACCAUUGAUUUAGGAGCUUAAAUUCACGUUUAGAGACAUAGACCAAGAUUUUCAGAAAACACUUAUGAUUUUGGGUCCUUAAUUUUUGGGUUCUCAAUCUGAGACCAUUUAAAGGAUUUUGAUAUUUCAGAAAAUGCUGAUUGCCUGCCCUUUGAGAAUCCUUAUUUUUUUGUCAAGUUAGGCACCCAAAAUCAUUAGUAUCUUAUGAAAAUUCUGGCCUUAGCAUCUGAUUUGUAGAUACUUAAAUCUUGAUGCCCACAGUCAUAUUUAGGCACGCAAGUGUGAAAUUCUCUUUGCCUCCCACAUCUGCCACAUAGGAAUAUUACUACUUGUGGAACCUACCUCAAAGGAGUGUUGUGAAGCUUAUUCAUGUAAUGCUUAUAAAGAAGUUUGCGCUGCUUGGAUGAAAUGCUUCUUCCUAAGUAUAAAAUAUUAUUCUUAAAUUCACAAAAAUCAAGAAAUUCAAAAUUGCAAUUCCUUCAGUACCCCCAACUCAGCCCACUAUCCAUAUAUGGUAUUUUGCAUGACGGCAGAUGCUUUUAAAAUUUGCUUUGAAAUAUGUACGCAGGGUGAUUGGUGUGGGAAACUGACUUCUAUGCAUUUCCAAAUUUUUGAAAUUUCCAAAUUUUUGGCUAAAUAAUUUUGUUGGUAAUAAAAAAAAAAUAAAAAUAGAUACUAGCAAUAUGCUGCCCUUUCUGCCAGAUCUCGAGAGGCAAGGAAUAUGUUCUGAGUGGUGCUUCAAGCACUUCUUUUCCAUGCAAGGGUGUUAAACACCAUAUAGAAUUAGGCCUUAAGAUUGCAGUGCAAGGGGCCCAGCAGUUCUGGUGGCCUUUCCUCAGCUCAAAAAUGCCUGUUCUCAGAAUAAACUGCCUGAGACAAAGGGUUUAUAUUAAGUGCCUUCCCUGCCAUAACGAAAGGGAUGCUACCCUGCCACUGUAAAAUACAUAGAAACUCCUUGCCCUGUAGUUGUGUAGAAGGCCCUCCUUGUUCCUCCUGCAAAAGAUUCGGCCCAUUGUAACUGUACAUCUGAGGAUGCUGCUCACAGCCACCACCACAGCAACUCUGACAGCCGACCCUGUUAGUAGAACCCAGAGCACUGACCCCAUUUGGAUCAUCGGCACAAUUUUCAAUGGGGAAAGUAGAAUUCAGUUGUCUGUGCUCUUAAUAACAUCAAAUGUUAAGACAAAGAGAUACAAAGUGAAUAAAGAAAAGCUUUUCUUAUGGAGAAAUGAAGUUACUGAAGAAAAUAUAAUCCUAUCACCUACAGUUUAUCCACCCUGCUAUGCAGAUGAGGAUCAGUUCUUUACUACAUGGUGCUCUAACUGAAGGAGGCUCCAGGUCCAAUACUGCUUUAAUCAGCAUUCUUCAGUUUUCCUUGACGUCAGCUCCUUCAAAUCUGGCCCUUACACUAACCCAAGAUUGUGAAAACUGCACCUACUUUAAAACCUGCUUUCAUGCCUUCUCUAUCACCUAUGUCGAGUGCCAGCAUCUUGCAUGAGUUCCUCUGAAAUCAAUAUUGAUUUGACUUUGACUAGGACAGCAGGUAGCCUCAGAAACAUAAUGUAAAAUUCAUACCUAAAUGGAGAGGCUUCACUUCUCUGCUAAACCUGUCUCAUUUUGUUUGGGUAGCUGAUAGCAUACUGCUCUUUGUCAGUUCCACUGCACUCAGCACUAGUAUGAAAUUGACAAGAAGCCUGAAAUUCAAUAGGAAUGACAGCAGGUAGAAACAACACAAAACUGUGAUGACUGUCUCCAUAUUUUCAAUUCAGCUGAUGACUGAGCUUCAGAAAUUGACAAGUUAACACAUGAUUACAAUUACUAGAAAGGUUGAAGUAAUGUGUACCUAGUACCUUCAUACAACAUUGUCAUGAAGGCUUUUCUUUAGAAGCUGAACAGUGAAAGAUUGGCACACAGAUAUUUAUGAUCCUAAUAAGCCGGAGACCAGUGUUUGCAAGUUGCUACAUAGAAAGGAGUAAAGGGUGAUGCUCUGGCUUCCACAUGUCUGCCUUUGUGCAUAUAUAGUUUUAAGUAGUUGAACCGUAAUAGAACAAUAGCUUGCUUUGCCUGUAUCUCAUACAGAUUUCAGAAGAGUUCUUAAGAACUAAUGAAUAAAUAAACAAAUUCUGAAUUCAGUGCUGAAUAAAAUGCUAAUCUUGAGCUGAAUGACAAAUUCAACAAAUUUUAGUUUGUUAAAAUAAUUAUGGAUUUUUUUUCAUUACUCUUCUUGCUCUAAAGAUAACAUGAUCUGUUUCAAAAUUUUCUGCCUAUCAUUGUCUAUAUUCAGGGUUUUUUUUGGUAAUGUUGGUUGGAUGAGCUGUUAAGUUUACAGAAAAUGCAAAUGUAAUUUUGUAGUGAAAUAGCAAAACCUCCUCUGCAACAACUGAAAGUUCAAUGUCCCAAGCAAUUUGUCCUCAUUACUUUUUCCCCUUUAUUCCCAAUAUUUAACAUAACAUAUGGUAUUUUGGAUCACAGCAGAUAUACACAUAUAUGAUACAAAGAUUACAAAUAUGGUACUUCUUGCAUGUAAUUAGAAUAUCUUCUUUUGAGAACUAACCGGAAAAGUUUUUACAUGUGGCUGAGUCAUAUUUUUGAAGGAAGCAGCACCUGACCCAUACUAUGGUUAAAACCAAAUUUGCUCAAGAAUUGGAAAAUAAUAAUAUAAAAUUUGUUGACUCUGUGAAAUAAAGAAGCAAUGGGGAUAGGGUGGGGAGCGGUAGGAUGCACCAAAUAGAUCAUGUUUGAAUUUCUGCAUGUAAGAUUGAAAUUGUAAGAUUUUAUAUGCGCAUUUCACAAAUGGUAUUUCUUAAAACAUCUUUCCUUUCACGAAAAAAUGAAUUUGGUAUCUGUGUUGAUGGGGGAGAAAAAAGUAAAAAUGUGCAGUUGUCAAUUAUAUAUUUUCCUGAUUUGAUAUAACAUGAGAAAAGGAAAAAUAUGGGAGCCUUCAUUCAAAGUUUAAUUUUUCUUGAGUUCUCAAUAUCAAAAAGUUGUGAUUAAAAAUCCAAAAUUCAACUUCUUAUAGUCACAUAAACUGUGAAGGAAACUGUGUCUAGUGAUUACUACGGGGAAUUAGAAGACCUCUCUUCUGUUCCAAAUUCUGCCACUAGCCUCCUCUAAGCUUGAGGAGGAAAAAAAAAUCACUUGGCCUCGAAAUGCCUCCAUUUCCCCAAAUAUAGAACAGGAGUAAAAAGAGUUCACCGUAGUUAUCAGGAGCUCUGAGAACAAAGUAUUGUCAUUAAUGCUUCCUCACCCACUCAUAGAUUAUGAACAGCAAAAGUUUAAAUGAAAGACAUGCAAAGCUAAUCUCUAAAGUCUGUGAAUCCCUACAUUAUGUGGCUUUAUAAAUGAAGGCAUAUUACAGCCUUUCUAACCAUUGAAUAUAUAGUUUAAAGGGAGAGCAUGAAGUUAUAGCCUUAAAAUAAUAAAUAGCAUGAAAACUCAAAAAUGUUAGAAAUAUUUCCCCAUUCUGUGUUUACUUUUUGUAUUUCACUUUUUGUACAAUAAAAAUAAACUAGAUUUUUUUUAAUGUGCAUUGCUAGUCAGUUUUGCUUCCUGGUUCUCAUGCGCAAUGCUUAGAUUACAAAAAAUGUCAGUGAAUGCUUAAAGCCAAACAAAAGUCUCCUUUCAAUUAUACUUAUUAAAUUGAAUUAAAACAUUUAUAUUGAAUACGAAACCUUGUUUUUAAAAAGUGGCAAUACUAAAACCUACAUUUCGGGCAUUGGUUACUAGUGUUCAUUUUCAUAAAAUCAAACAAUAUAACAUGUAAGACUUAAUACUGUUUCUCUUGGAAUUUCUUAUAGUUACUUCUGGGGCACAAUUGCCACAGUAUGAAGACAUGAAUGUACCACAUCAUUCUGUAGUAGGCCAGUGUAAUCUCAGAAAGGUUCUGCCUCCUCUGGAGAGCCUGAAACCAAAUGCCUGCAAAAAGUGUUGCAUGGGGAAGAGUUGUGAUGUAAAAGAGUGCACUAAAAUUCUCUUUCUUUUUAAAUCUGACCAUGCAAUGUUGAGUAAAGACUCAGGAGGCUUAUUUGGCAGAAGAGAAGGCACAACACUUUAAAAAAAAAUGCAUGAACAAUUUGAGUCUGUUCAGGCUUCUGGAAACAUCUGGGCAUACUCAGAAAUUAAACAGCCAUUAGCAUAGUCACUCCAGAACAAGUGUUACACCAUACCAUUUGAAAAUAUAUAUAUAUUUAUAUAGUGCAUGUAUUACUGUGAUAUGAAUACCUGUGAUGCCCAUUCUAGCAAUUUCAUACCUUAUCCUUCCACCACCUUGUGAGGGCCAAAUACUUCAUGAGAAUUACUAAAGCCUUACCUACUCAGACCCAUGGUCUGCUAAUGAGUUGUUUAAAAAAAUAUAUCAAAAUGACCUACCAGGACUAAGGAUGCUGGGCACCUCUCCCACCUCUGAUCUCAGGCAGAGUACUUCUGGAGAGUUCUUUCAUCAGGUCACUGGACAGGGGAGAUAGUGGGGCUGUCAUCUUCCCUGAUCCCCUGCCCCCCCUCCUCCCACACACACACUUGCUUUUGUGUUUUGGGAUAUGAAUCAUAUAUAAUGUGUUUAAAUGUAAAAACAAAUGCAUGUACCAUUACUUUUUCAUAAAUUAAUUAAAGAACUUAAGUACUUA